AUGACAAAACUUUCAGAAAUCAAAAACAACGCCUCAAAGAUUCAGCUGGAGAGGCUUUCUUUUGUAUAUUUUGAACAUGAGGACCUUAAUGCAUUUGAGAAAUUUGCUGCCGACUUUGGGCUUGUGGAAGCAUGGCGCGGCAAGGAAGUAAUCCUAUAUCGAGGCUAUGGAAGGGAUCAGUUUUGCUAUGUUGCUCGCAAAGCUGGCCCAGGAGGAACGAAAUUCGGCGGGCCUGCAUUCGUUGCUCAGACUCAGGCUGAUUUGGACAAAGCCGCGGCUCUUGAAGGGGCACAGUUGAACAGUCUUGACCCAUUUCCUGGUGGUGGCCGGCAGGUUACAUUGAAGACCCCAGCAGGAUUUUACCUCCACAUAAUCUUCGGGCAGGAGGAUAGGCCAGCCGCCAACACGGCCCCUUCAAGAGUAGUCGAGAAUCAAGGGCCAUUGAAUGGCAGCAUUAACAAGCGGAGAUUCGGAGAGUUCCAACGAUAUGUGUCAGGGCCAGCGCUAGUCCACAAACUGGGGCAUUGUGGUUACAAUGUUGGCAACUGGGACGAAGAGGUAGAGUGGUAUUGUUCUCAAUUCAAUAUCGUUCCUUCGGACGUUCAGUACAGCCCAAAGAACCCAGAUCUCGAUGUGAUCACCUUUCUGCAUCUGGACCUGGGAGAGCGAUAUUCGGAUCACCAUUCUCUUUUCCUGGCGCGCGCCAUGCCUGGAGAGCAUAAUCAUAUGCAUCACACCUCUUACGAAGUGGAAGAUUUUGAUACCCAGCUGCUUGGACACCAAUGGCUUGCAAAUAAAGGUCACUACGCUUUGUGGGGGGUUGGAAGACACAUUCUUGGCUCUCAAAUUUUCGACUACUGGAGGGAUCCCAGUGGAUUCACUAUUGAGCACUACGCAGAUGGAGAUCUGGUCAAUAUCCACACAGGAACACAGAGAAGCGCUGCCGGAGCCUUCGCAGUUUGGGGCCCAGAGAUACCCAAGGACUUCUCAGCAGAUGGAACCAAAUUCCACAGAGCCAAUUCUACGUCCGAUGCAUCGGAAAGUGUCAAGUUCACAGCUACCAACGGUGAGGCUGCAAAAGUAGGGUAA